AUGAGCUUUAACUUCUCUUCGAAAAGGAAGAAUCAGCCGACCAUUCAGCAGGGCCCAGCAAACGGUACUCGAAACACCAAAGAAGUUGACAAUGUGUCGUCAAAAUUGGCCGCCGUCAAGCUAGACACAACGGCAAGUGGCCGUCUGAUCGUCGGCUGCGACUUUGGCACCACAUACUCGGGCGUGGCAGUCGCAUACACAGGAACUCCUGACGAUAUAGACAUCAUCAAAACAUGGCCCGGCGGCAAUGGCAUCACAUCGGAAAAGGUGCCGACGGAAAUAGCCUAUGAUGCCCCUACAGCAGGCCCCAAUGGCCCGAAAGGCGAACGGACAGUCAAGUGGGGAUUCCAGGUUCAGCCGGGAGAGACGCGGCUGCGGUGCAUUAAGCUGUUUCUCGACCGCAACCAGAAGCUACCACCUUACAUCUCGUCCUUGGACACAGCCACGCAGCUACGGAAGUACGACAAGACGGUCAUGGAUGCGGUGACCGAUUACCUACAGCUAAUAUAUAAGCAUACCAUGGACACGCUCAAAGUCCGGUACGGACAAUCGUUUAUGGCAACGACCGAAACGGACUGGAUCUUAACUGUGCCUGCAGUAUGGUCGGAUGCAGCGAAGAAUGCUACGCUCCAAGCAGCGGAAAGAGCGGGCAUGGGUGACAUGCACAGUCUGCGACUUAUCAGUGAGCCGGAAGCAGCAGCAGUUUACACAUUCAAGGCGAUACAGCCGAACAAUUUACGGGUCGGGAGCAGCUUCGUCGUCUGCGAUGCGGGCGGCGGGACCGUUGAUCUCAUAGCCUACAGGAUUAUUCAGCUCAACCCUCUGCGUAUAGAAGAAUCAGCAGUAGGUGCCGGCGGCCUCUGCGGCUCAGCUUUACUCAACUAUCGCUUCGAAGACCAUGUAAAGGCGCGUAUUGGCGGGGAAAGAUACAAAAACAUGAAGACCAAGACCUGGAACAUUGGCCUGAAGUACUUCGAGGAAUUUGUCAAGAGAAACUUUAACGACAACGAGCAGCAGGAUAUCAGUAUACCGUUUCCAGGCCUACCAGAUGACGAAGAGGCGGGACUGGACUGUGGAUUCCUGGCUAUGACUACAGAGCAGGUCAAGAGCAUCUUCGAUCCUGUGGUACAAGAGGUUAUCAACUUGGUCGAGGAGCAGGUGGAGAGUAUACGGCGAAAAGGGGGCAAUGUGUCCGGAAUUGUGCUGGUCGGAGGAUUCGGACAAUCGAACUACCUCUACAACCGCAUGCGCUCCCACUUAAAUUCAGAAGUGCCUCCACCACCGUACACUGAGCGACCGACACACGCUGCGGCACUGGGUCCGCACUCGGGUAUUGAGGUCAUGCAUCCGAUGUAUGCGUGGACGGCAGUUGUCCGAGGAGCCGUGUUGAGAGGCCUGGAGGGAAGCAUUGUCACCAACCGUAGAAGCCGAUGGCAUUACGGGACGAGCUACGCGACUGUAUUCGAUGAAACCAGGCACCCAGUGACUGACAGGUAUUGGAGUCCAUUGUGGGAACGGUGGAUGGUCAGUGAUCGGAUGCAGUGGCACAUUUCCAAGGGAGAACAAGUCAAUGAAAAUCAGCCCAUAUCCUUCCACUAUACGCGCAACUUCCGGCCUGGCCAGUCGCUCAUUGUCGAGGAUGACCUGAUCGCAUGUGAUGCGGAAAUCGCGCCCGAUUCGUACCAAAAGGACUUCAUCAAUGUCUGCACGCUGACGACAAAUCUGAACACCGUACCUAGGGGUCUCUUUACUAGGCUUACGACUACGAAGGGCGUAGAGUUCGAUAACCUGGACUUCACGCUUGACAUGAGGAUUGAGAGCGCAGGGCUGAUGUUUGAGCUCAAAGUUGAUGGUAUUAGAUAUGGCGCUGUGAGCGCAAAAUUCCAUUGA